GAUAAACAUAACAAAUAUAAUAUAGAAUUGUGGUUAAAUAUUCAUUUAACACCCCGCUUCGGAUUUUCUCUUUCAGUUCGAACAAAAAUAGGCAUUAUUUGGUCAGCGGACUUUUAGAGUUCGCGCGUUGCCCAUGCGCGUGACCAAUUUGUUGACCUAGAAGUCUUGGACUUGUCUUUUGUAGAGAUGGAUGCAACUCCAGAAGUUUCCCCCCAAAAAACGGACACUUCCCCAACUUCUCAAUCCGAAAAUCCUACAAAACCAAUAGAACAAUCUCCCGAACCUGCUGUUCAAGUCAAAAAGGGAACCAAGCGAAAAGCCCCCUCCGAUAACAAGCUAUACAUUUGCGAAAUUUGUCAUGUCGAGUUAAACUCUGCGAGUCAGGCGUUUCAACAUUUCCAAGGGAAAGCACAUCUUGGGAAAGUACGAGUUCUUGAACAAGUUUCGGAGGUGACCCAACCCCCUAAACCAGCCAAGCCUUUCACCCCUCAUCUCAAACCUCCAAAACCCAAACCUGGCUCCCAUUUAGACCCAGACACGCACUGUCCCCUGUGCAAGAAAUGGUUCAACUCCAGAGUACAGGCAGACUCUCACUACAGCGGGAAGGCCCACCUCACACAGGUGGACCUAUACAACAUGCAGCCAAAAUUUAAGAAAACAAAGGAAGAGGAAGAGUUUGAUAAAUUGCUUGAAGAAGCCGAUGCCAUGACUCACCAAGAAGUCAAAAAUGUGAAAAACAUCAAACUGGGCAAGAAUGUUAAAACACAGCUGUACACAUGUGAACCAUGUAAUAUCACAUUGAACUCUCAAAAGCAGAUGUCGCAGCACUUACUUGGACUGAGACAUAAAAUUGUUGUGGGGAAAGCCCAGCCUCCCCCACCCCCUACCCCAGGGGAGUCAGCUACCUGGGAAGGGCAUCGCUACAAGAAGCUUGCCACAACACUACUGACCAAAGCAUCACAGCAGUCCCCCCUUACUCCAAGCUGCCAAGCUCUUAGUCCAGGGGGGACUAAAAUGGGCCAGUACUACUGCCAAGACUGUGACAUCAGCAUGAAUUCCAUCAAACAGAUGGAGCAACACAUGACCAGUGCCAGGCACAGAGAUGGUUUAAAAGGUGGUGCAAAAAGGAAAAAUAACAAGAACAAAGGGGCAUCAGUUAACAAAAGCUUGAUAACCCAAGGAAAAAUACCACCUCUGUUCUCAAGCUUUGUAAAGCCUGACAAACCAGAACCCAACACAUUCCUGGCAUGUGCAAAUGAGCUACCUUUAAAUCUACAAAACACCAACACACCAGGAAACAAUGACAGUCCAGUAAUAACGAAAAACAGCACUCCAACAAUGAGAUUUCAAGGAAUUAUGUCUUCAGAAACAACCUCUACUAAUGAUGUCCAGAGUAAUGCGCCUAGUUUUCCAGGAAAUCAACUCAAUCAUCAGACUUGUACUUUAUCAUAUAGUUCAGCUGGUACCAUAUCUCCUGGACAGACUCCAUGUGUAUCUCAUGGACAGUGGACACCAAACAAUUAUAUGCAAAUCUUCUGAAGUAUAAGGAUGUUUUUAUUGUAAUAUCCAGCUUUUACUUCCGUAGAAUUUUACAGGCUUCUUGUAGGCAUAAAACAUUGUUUCAGGGGGGGGGGAGUCUUCAGAUUUUUAAUGUAUGAAUUUUAUAUUGGUCCCCAGAUGUACCCCUGUAUAAUAUGGAGAAAAGAGAAUACAGUUGUUUGACAAAAGGUUGUCAUCAACCGGCUUUGCGACUACGCGACAAACCCGCAUGUAAGCAUGGGUAAAAACCACUGAAGUGCCUAGCUGCAUAUAUUAGCAACCGCUACACCGUCUAAGUCUGAAGUUAUGCAGUGGCUUAUAUAUGCAGCUAAGCGCGUAGUUGCAAAGCCGGUUGAUGACAACCUUUUGUCAAUCGACUGUACACAGUAUAUUGGAAAAAUGUUUACAAACAUUAGUAAAUGUGAUGAUGACCUUUGAGGAAUUGGCAUGAUAAACAUUGAUACAAUAAAGUUAUCUCUGGUUCAAAGGUGA